AUGGCGCUCGCCUUCGACGAGUUCGGGCGCCCCUUCAUCAUCCUCAGGGAGCAGGAGAAGAAGACGCGCCUGCGCGGGCUCGACGCGCAGAAGGCCAACAUCGCCGCCGGCAAGGCCGUCGCGCGGAUCCUCCGCACCUCGCUCGGACCCAAGGGCAUGGACAAGAUGCUCCAGUCCCCCGACGGAGACGUCACCAUCACAAAUGAUGGGGCCACGAUUCUGGACCAGAUGGAUGUUGACAACCAGAUUGCAAAGCUGAUGGUGGAGCUGUCCCGCAGUCAAGACUAUGAGAUCGGGGAUGGUACCACUGGGGUGGUGGUUAUGGCAGGGGCACUCCUAGAGCAGGCUGAGAAACUUCUGGAGCGUGGUAUUCACCCGAUACGGGUUGCCGAAGGUUAUGAGAUGGCAUCAAGGGUAGCUUUUGAUCACCUUGAGCGCAUCUCCCAAAAGUUUGAGUUCAGUGCAGACAAUAUAGAGCCCCUGGUUCAGACCUGCAUGACGACUCUGUCGUCAAAGAUUGUUCACCGUUGCAAGCGGGCACUGGCAGAGAUUGCUGUCAAAGCAGUCCUUGCGGUUGCUGAUUUGGAUAGGAAGGAUGUUAACUUGGAUUUAAUCAAAGUAGAAGGCAAGGUCGGCGGGAAGCUGGAGGACACAGAGCUAAUAUAUGGAAUUGUCGUUGACAAAGAUAUGAGCCACCCACAAAUGCCAAAGAGAAUUGAGGAUGCUAAGAUAGCCAUCCUGACGUGCCCAUUUGAGCCCCCGAAACCUAAGACAAAGCAUAAGGUUGACAUUGAUACUGUAGAGAAAUUCCAGACGCUGCGUGAGCAAGAGCAGAAGUACUUUGAUGAAAUGGUUCAGAAAUGCAAGGAUGUUGGUGCAACCGUGGUUAUUUGUCAAUGGGGUUUUGAUGACAAAGCCAAUCAUCUAUUGAUGCACAGAAAUCUGCCAGCUGUCAGAUGGGUUGGUGGUGUUGAAUUGGAAUUGAUUGCCAUUGCUACAGGAGGACGGAUUGUUCCAAGAUUUCAAGAGCUGAGUCCAGAAAAGCUAGGGAAGGCUGGAUUAGUCAGAGAGAAGUCAUUUGGAACAACCAAGGACCGGAUGCUUUACAUUGAGCAGUGUGCCAAUUCCAGAGCUGUAACUAUUUUCAUUCGUGGUGGAAAUAAAAUGAUGAUUGAGGAGACCAAGCGCAGUCUUCAUGAUGCUCUUUGUGUGGCAAGGAAUCUGAUCCGCAAUAACUCAAUUGUGUAUGGUGGUGGCUCGGCAGAGAUAUCUUGCUCAAUUGCUGUUGAAACUGCAGCAGAUCGGCACCCUGGAGUUGAGCAGUAUGCUAUCAGGUCAUUUGCUGAUGCAUUGGACGCUGUUCCACUAGCCUUAGCUGAAAACAGUGGUUUGCCUCCUAUUGAUACCUUAACUGCGGUGAAAGCUCAACAAGUGAAGGAUAGCAACCCCCAUUGUGGCAUAGAUUGCAAUGACGUUGGCACCAAUGACAUGAAAGAGCAGAACGUCUUUGAGACCCUGAUUGGCAAGCAGCAACAGAUCUUACUUGCCACGCAGGUGGUGAAGAUGAUCCUCAAGAUCGACGACGUGAUCUCGCCAUCUGAGUACUGA